CUGCGCCCGCCAAGAUUAUUUCACGCAGUGAGGCCGCCAAGAUGGGAUCGUCGUCGCUGCUGCUGCUGCUCCUGCUCGUCGGCACCGCUCGGUGCCAGCGCAAGGACCAGAACGUGUGCCGCAAGGACAACGGGCUGUUCGAGCACGAGCAGUACUGCGACUACUACUACGAGUGCGAGGACGGAGUACCCACGCUGCAGCUGUGUCCCAACGGCCUGGCCUUCUCGGGCAAGAACCGCGGCCUCCUCAACAACUGCGACUACCCGCACAGAGUGGGCUGCCCCGACGACGACGGGCGCGUGAUGGGCCAGAGUCCCCAAAGCAGCGAGAACUGCCACUGGCAGUAUGGUGUGUUCGCGCACCAGACGAGCUGCACCCGCUACUGGCAGUGCUGGAACGGCACGGCCACCAUCCAGCAGUGCCCCUUCUCGCUACUCUACAACGACGUGAUGCACGCCUGCGACUGGCCAGACAACGUGCCCGACUGCCAGAAGCACCCCAUCUGCAAGGACAACCCCAACGGCCACAUCCCCAUCGAGAAGAGCUGCGUCCGCUACUGGCUCUGCGUGGGCGGAUACCCGCGGCUGCAGCGCUGUCCCGCGGGGCUUGCCUUCAGCCCGACCGCGCUGCGCUGCGAGCUCACCGACAACAUACCCGGAUGUGAACUGCCGCCGACCACGCCGCAACCUGAGGAGGCUGAAGAGCGACCCCAGCAGCAGAGGCCUCGGCCACAACAGCAGGCCGCCAGACCGGCCCCGCCACAGGCUGCUCCCAGUGGCCAGCGGCGAUUCAGCCCACCGCCCCAAUCAGUACCUGCCCUAGCUCAGGCGUCGCCCAUUCCCGACCAGGAUGACGACUACUCCGAUGCUGGGCAGAAUCGGGCGCAAGGCGUGGUGCGCAGGCCAGCCGCGUUCAGGCAGGCCGCGCCAGCUUCCACCGGGAAGUAAGGUUCUUGACCACCCUAUGCUUCCUCAAUUUGACCUGCACGCUAGACUUGGCCAGCCACCUUAAAUUGGUACCUUCUAGUCUUGCCCAAUUACAUUCCCAUCAUGGUGCAAGCCAGCCGGCAGCACAACGUUUGGAGUGCACACCGUCCAGCUGCAGCCUCGAGAGAGCUUCAACCCGCUGCUGCCAUCGGAUGGCUGCUUGCCUUGCUGCCCACCCUUUCACUGAGAAUAAAAACUGUACUGGCCA